UUCCUGUCUAGGACUUUUGCCCUCAACAAAGAUGGUGUUUAUGGUACAGGUUCCCUAUUAGUCUGGAUUCCGGUUGUAGUUUUAUUUAUUUAUUUUUCUAACGAUACGUGGUUGCAGACGGAGAAAUGGAGGCCAGAGACAAGCAAGUGCUUCGCUCACUGCGUCUGGAGCUGGGUGCUGAGGUCCUGGUGGAAGGACUGGUUCUUCAGUACCUUUACCAGGAAGGAAUUUUGACAGAAAACCAUGUUCAAGAAAUCAAAGCUCAAACCACAGGCCUCCGGAAGACCAUGCUCCUGUUGGACAUCCUGCCUUCCAGGGGCCCCAAGGCCUUUGACACCUUCCUAGAUUCCCUCCAGGAAUUUCCCUGGGUCAGAGAGAAGCUGGAGAAGGCCAGAGAGGAAGCCACGGCCGAGCUGCCUACAGGUGUCUGUGUGCCAUGUGCGUGCCUCCCACAGAGACCAGCAGGGGGCGUGAGAUUCCAUGGAACUAGAGUUUCAGACAGUUGUGAGUUGCCAUGCGGGUCCUGGGAAUUAAACCUUGGUCUCCUGGAAGAGCAGCUGGUGAUUUCAACUACCAAACCACCUCUCCAGCCUCCAAACUUAAUAUAAGGUUUAUGACAUGGAUAUCUUUCUAAGGAAAUUCAGACCCAGGGAAGCAGUUGGACUUCUGUAUAUUUAUUUAGGUCUGAAGAAAUGAAGACAGUUGUUAAGAAACAGUGUAAUCCAAUGGUAGUACUGGGAACCGACAAGACCCACACAACCAUGCUCUCCUCUGUGACCAUCUCUUCAGAGAAAGGAGCCUCUUUCCUUCUGCCAUAGGCAGGGGCGUCUCACUGGAGGGUCUUACAAUCCACUUCAAGGAAAGGCGUGGUGAGCAGCCUGCUUCUGCUGUACCCUCAGAUUCCAUGAUCUAGAACAGGGCACCCAAAGGCCCGUCACCACCACAGGAAAUUCAUUUUUCUGGUGGGAAAGCGCCAGUGGCUCACCUCACUCAUUUCCAAAAAGUCACAAUUUCCUUGCUGCCACCAAUGCUGAAAUCUGGGAUUUCUUACAAGAAGGUGAAUAAAGAAUAAAAGUUCGAUUAUGUGCAUGUGAAUACAUUACACUUUUUUCAAGUCCGGAGUCAACUGGAGAGAGUCUUUUCAAAU